AUCCACACGGUGAUGUUUCACACACUACACACACUGAAGAAUUCACAAAGCAGGUUCAUCGGAUCUCCCAUAGACUUCUCCAUCUAUCAUCUUCAUCCGUUUACUUUCUCUCUCUAAAAAAAGGAAAAAGGCUCAGCAAUCUCUCUAGACCCACUUAGACACCUACUCUGUUACUGUUUCUUCGCAACAACAAAAACAAAACCCUUAUUUUCUUUUCCCUCUGUUGUUUCAUUCUGUAACAGAACCUCAUCGCCUCAGCUUCCAUGAACCCUCUAGGGUUUCACCAUUCAGAUCUGAGAUUUUGAUUGGAGUUUUGGGUUUACGAUAUUCUUCUUUUUAAGGUUGUAUAUAUAACAGAGAUCUGAAGUUUUAGACUUGCUGUAAUAACAUUUUUUCUCUGUUUUAAUUUGGCUCACUGCCUCAUUAACUCUCUUUAUACCUAUGAGUACUUCAGGUUAUUUCUGCUGAGAUCCAUUAAGGUGUUUUGGAAUCUCUGUCAUAUUUCUUGAAACCUGGUUCUGGAUAUUGUGUUGUGUGGAUAAAAAGAAACAAGCGAAGAUAUGCAGCGACCUCCACAAGAAGAUUAUUCUCUUAAGGAGACUAAACCACACCUUGGUGGAGGGAAGGUCACCGGAGAUAAGCUCACAAGUACCUAUGAUCUUGUUGAGCAGAUGGAGUACCUUUACGUUCGAGUUGUAAAGGCAAGAGAUCUACCAGGGAAGGACGUGACUGGUAGUUGUGACCCUUUUGUUGAGGUUAGGCUUGGAAACUAUAGGGGAAUAACACGUCAUUUUGAGAAGAAAUCCAACCCUGAAUGGAAUCAGGUGUUUGCUUUCUCAAAGGAACGUAUUCAAGCCACUGUGCUUGAGGUUACGGUGAAAGAUAAGGAUGUUGUGAAGGACGAUUUUAUGGGUCUUGUUUCGUUUGACUUGAAUGAGAUUCCUAAAAGGGUUCCCCCAGAUAGUCCCUUGGCCCCACAGUGGUAUAGGUUAGAGGAUAGGAAGGGUAAUAAGAUUAGAGGAGAGCUGAUGUUGGCUGUUUGGAUGGGUACUCAAGCUGAUGAAGCAUUUCCCGAUGCAUGGCAUUCGGAUGCUGCCACAGUCAGUGGCACUGACAGUUUGGCAAAUAUCAGGUCAAAGGUCUACAUAGCCCCUAAGCUGUGGUACCUGAGAGUCAAUGUAAUUGAAGCUCAGGACUUGCAGCCAACUGAUAAAGGUCGAUUUCCUGACGUUUUUGUGAAGGCCAUCCUGGGAAAUCAGAUAUUGAAGACUAGGGUGUCCAUGAGCAAGAGUAUCAAUCCUAUGUGGAAUGAGGAUUUGAUGUUUGUUGCUGCAGAACCUUUUGAGGAGCCAUUAAUUUUGAGUGUGGAAGACAGAGUCGCACCCAAUAAAGAUGAGGUCCUGGGAAGAUGUGCCAUUCCUCUAGCAAAUAUACCCAGGAGACUGGAUCAUAAACCUUUGAUUUCAAAGUGGUAUAAUCUUGAGAAACAUAUGAUUGUUGAGGGUGAAAGGAAGAAGGAACUCAAGUUUGCCAGCAAAAUUCAUCUGAGAAUAUGGUUGGAGGGUGGUUACCAUGUUUUGGAUGAAUCGACUCACUAUAGCAGUGAUCUUCGACCAACAGCAAAACAGUUAUGGAAGUCCAGCAUUGGGGUUCUUGAGUUAGGUAUUUUGAGUGCUCAUGGGUUGUCGCCGAUGAAGAAUAAAGAUGGGCGGGCAAUGACUGAUGCUUAUUGUGUUGCUAAGUAUGGGCAGAAGUGGGUCAGAACGAGGACCAUCAUUGACAGUUUUACUCCCAAAUGGAACGAACAAUACACUUGGGAGGUUUAUGAUCCAUGCACUGUCAUAACUAUUGGUGUAUUUGAUAAUUGUCACUUACAUGGUGGAGAUAAAUCUGGGAGUGAUUCACGGAUUGGAAAGGUCAGGAUUCGCCUUUCUACCCUAGAAACAGAUCGUGUGUACACACAUUCAUAUCCCCUUCUACUUUUGCAUUCUUCUGGGGUAAAAAAGAUGGGUGAAAUUCAUUUGGCUGUUAGAUUUACUUGUUCAUCCUUGUUGAAUAUGAUGUAUAAGUACUCACAGCCAUUGUUGCCCAAAAUGCACUAUAUUCACCCAUUAACUGUCAGUCAGCUCGACAUCUUGAGACACCAGGCCACUCAGAUUGUUUCCAUGAGGCUUGGUCGUUCAGAGCCGCCUUUGAGGAGGGAGGUGGUGGAGUAUAUGCUGGACGUCGGUUCUCACAUGUGGAGUAUGAGGAGAAGCAAAGCAAACUUUAAUAGAAUCGUGGGAGUUUUAAGUGGGUUAAUUGCUGUAGGAAAAUGGUUUGAUCAGAUAUGUAACUGGAAGAAUCCCAUUACCACAGUUCUGAUUCACAUUUUGUUCUUAAUACUGGUUUUGUAUCCCGAACUCAUUUUGCCCACUAUUUUCCUCUACUUAUUCUUAAUUGGAGUUUGGUACUACAGAUGGAGGCCGAAGCAUCCUCCCCACAUGGAUACUCGCCUCUCUGGCGCUGAUAUUGCUCUUCCUGAUGAACUAGACGAGGAGUUCGACACUUUCCCUACUACUCGUCAUCCAGAUAUCGUGAGGGUGAGGUAUGACCGUCUGAGAAGCAUUGCUGGGAAGAUCCAGACUGUGGUUGGCGAUUUGGCAACACAAGGGGAAAGGCUACAGUCUCUGCUGAGCUGGAGGGACCCAAGAGCUACAGCUUUAUUCGUAAUUUUCUGUUUGGUUGCUGCCAUUGUUCUCUAUGUAGCACCUUUCCAAGUAGUGGCACUUCUUACAGGGUUCUAUGUUUUGAGGCAUCCCAGAUUCCGUCAUAAGCUCCCUUCCGUGCCCCUUAACUUCUUCAGAAGGUUACCUGCCAGAACAGAUUGCAUGUUGUGAGCUAUCUGUAGUUUAUCCGCCUUAAUCGAACCCCUAAAUGGAUCUUUUUUCUCUUUGGUACCCUGUAAGAUGGGUAGGAAAUAUCUCCUUGGAACUUGCAGAUGUUGUGGAUUUGCAGUCUGUUUGCUAGGAUUUCCUAUGUAAAGUUGGUUUCGUAGCGACAUAUCCAUGGUCAUAUGGAGUCGCACUAGUUGCAUUUAAUAUGCUAUGGACAAUCAUUUAUCCUUUAUUUCAAAUGAUGUAUGCUUUUAUUUCUCUUGCUCUUCAAUGCUACUGGUUUUUCUUUUUUACUUGGCAA